AUGGCCGAUCUCAGUGUUCAGGCCGGCACAGACGGCCACAAUGCCCUCGACGAGAAGCCCGAGCAAGAGGGCAUCGAGCGCGCCCUCACCACAGGCGAGGAUGAUGCAGGCAAUAUGAAAGGUGACCGCCAUGUCAUGCGAGCCAGGGCCGAUGACUUGGGCAUUUGGGAGACUGUUAAACGGUAUAGGCUCGUGACACUUGUCGGAAUGAUUGCAGCCUUCGCGGCCACCCUGGAUGGAUACCAGAUCAAUCUGAAUGCCGGCAUCGUAUCGAACAAAGGUUUUAUCAAACAGAUGGCGUCUCCAGGAACGACAAUCAUUGCUGGUCAAUACAUCUCGGCAUGGGGAGGCAUCCAGUCCGCCGGCCAGACCAUAGGCCAAAUCGUUCUGCAAUACGCCACUGAUUCUCUGGGGCGCAAAGCCGCCCUUUAUAUUCUCUGGGUCUUCCUGGCAGGAAGCAUCUUUGCAGAGACGUUCGCGACCCAGUGGGAUCAUUGGCUGGUUGCGAAACUCUUUUCCGGUGCCGGCGUGGGCAUGUUACAGUCCACAAUGCCGCUAUAUUUGUGCGAGCUCGCUCCAACUCAGCUAAGAGGUUUCCUCAUCAAUGCCUAUAGCUUCUGGUUCGUUAUCGGCCAGCUCUCCGCAUCUAUUGGACUAAAUGUCAUGAACACACAUGAUCCGUACGAGUUUCGGAAGCCGAUUUAUACUCAGUGGGCGUUUAUCGGAGGCAUGCUGGUCAUCUUCCUUUUACUUCCUGAGUCUCCUUGGUGGCUAGUCAGCAAAGGCAAGACGGACAGGGCCUCUAAGACCCUUCUGCAAUACAACGGCCACGUGCCUGGCUAUGACGUGCAGGAAGUUAUUGGUGUCAUGACGUCCACGAUAGAGGAGGAGCGUCAACUUGCAAAAGUCCAAAAGGAAGAUGGACCAUGGGCUAUCUUCCAAGGGCGCAACCUAAUCCGCUUCGUCAUUGCGGGUUGGCCGAAGAUAACUCAACAAUUUGUGGGUCUCAGUGUCUUCAACACGUAUUCAACAUAUUUUUUCCAGGAUGCCGGGAACAAGAAUCCUUUCUUGGUGACCGUCAUCUUGUCUUGCGUCCAAUUGCUGUCCAUGAUCGGCACGUCUACAUUGACAGACUCGUUUGGCCGCCGUCCACUGACUGUCUAUCCUUACGCCCUCACUUCCGUCUCAUUGCUAUGCCUCGGCAUCGUGGGUUGCUUUGACUACACCACCAAGGCGCUCAGCUCCCUGCUGAUCUUUUUCGCAUGUCUGGCCACUUUCUCCACGACCGGAGCCUCCGCGAUCGGCUAUGCAUACGCGACCGAAAUCCCUCAGCAGCGCCUUCGUGCACGAACGGCCGGCUGGUCCUUGGCCGCUUCCAAUGCCAUCGCCACCAUGUUCAGCUUCUGCACCCCCCUCAUGAUCAACGGGCCCGUCACCAAGUGGGGUCCCAAGACGGGCUUCUUCUUCGCUGCGACGGGUGGCAUAGCUACGGUGAUCUCCUGGUUCAUCCUGCCUGAGGUGGCCCGUCGAACCCCUGCCGAGAUUGACGAAAUGUUCGAGAAGAGGGUUAACUUCCGGAAAUUUGAUCGAUAUGUCUGUGAUGUCCAGAUCUAUGCAGACGAGCAGCACAGAAAGGAUGAGCAGGAACACACAUAA